AUGCCAUUACUAGUAACAAAGAGAAAUCAUGGAAACAUACUAUAUUCCAUAUUCCGGGAAAAAUUAUGGUCCAGAUUCGUAAAUGUUAAGGCAGCUCUUCAAUUAGCCCAACAGAAUAAGGCUAUUAAUCAGGUUUUGGUUAAUCCAGUAAUCCACAUAGAUGAAGGAAUUAAAAAUGAUUUGAUUUUUCUAAAAUCUGCUAUAGAACCGUACCAUAAAAUGCUGUCCGCAAGGACAGAUAAGACUGAACCAAUAGAGAAAAUAUUUGAAGAUUUUCCUUGUCUAAAAAAACAUUAUAGAGCAGAGCUAUUUGAAUCAGACUUUAAUAUCACCUACCCAGAACAAAUAGAUAUUAUUUAUAAUGAGUGGCCAAAAGUUUCAGAAGCUAUUCUAAAAGAAGCUGAUGACAGAAAAAUAAGUUGUCCAGUUGAAACAACCCUUGGUAAGUAG